AUGGGCUCAGGGAGCAAGAUUAAGUUUGCUGUCUGUGAGGUGCUGCAGUUCGCCAGCUUCUGCGUUCCACUUUUUAUAAUAAUGCAACGUUUUGCCCUCAUUGUAGCUCAAGUGAGGAGCCAAUUGCAGCCUGCAGGUGGGAACUCUACAACAGCUUAUUGGCUGAUUGUGGCUUCAUCCGUGGCCUAUGUGACAUCAGUGGCGAUGCUGAUUUGGCUACCUAUGAAGUACAUGGUGUUUAUGAAGAAGAAGGCACUGGUCGCCCGGAAGAAGUGGAGGCCUGUUGCUUUGGCUUACGUGCUCCUCUCAACGCUGCCCUGUUUUGCGUUUCUCAUAGCCAGCUCUGAGUUGCAGAUUAGACAUGAUCUAAGGUUGGAUACAUUUGCUGAACUGCCAGUUUCACUAGUGCUUUUCUCCCUAAUCUGCAUCGAUAUAGUGGAAAGAAUCCGACAUUGCCGACUUACGGGCCAAGCUAACGAACUGGCACGGGAUUCAGAUAUCCCCACUACCAUGCUUACACAUGUUGGAAGAGUCACUCAGAUGGUCACUCCUAUGACUGGCCCAUCUCCUACAGCAACCAAUGCCAGUGCGGGCACAGAGCAUGGUGUAGUGGCAGCGAACGGUAUUGUGCGAGGACUGCCUGGCAAUGCCACAGUUUCAGGUUUACCCGCCAAUGGCGCUGUCCCGGGUCACUCGGCCACCACGACAGUCCCGGGGUUGCCCAACAACGGAGCAGUUCCAAGCCAUCUCGGCGGCACAGCAGUUUCGGGGUUACCUGCCCAUGGUGCAGUCGCAGGGCUCCAAGGCAACACGACAGUUCCAGGGUUGAAUGCAAAUGGUGCAAUUCCAAGAUUACCAGGCAACCAAGGGCAGCCAUUUGGCAUUACAGGAAUUUCUCCACAUUCAGGGGUACCCUUUCAGAACUUCACAAACUUUACAAACACCCCUCCACAUUCUGGACCACUCGGAUUCCUCCUGGCUAGCGAUGCCCGUGCUGAGGUCUUUGCGGACAGUUUCUUAUUCUGGUUGGACACGGUAGAGAUGGUUCGAGUAGCGGGCCACAUGCCUGUGUAUUUUUCGGGCUGGGCGUUACCGGUUUACUUAUUUUGCUUCCUCUCCACAAUGCGAUUGGUUCUAACUCCGCACAGUCCUCUCCUCUCACCUCUGGGUGUGGCCCUUCAAGACCUGCCCUUCCUGAUCUUGAGGAUAUCGUUGAUUGCCAUCUUCGGUUUUGUAACACCACUGCUCUAUGUGAUGAAGAAUCUGCUGGUCUGCCUGGCCUACAUCUACUUCAACUUCAUGACAAAACUGAGGGUCUUCAACACUGAGAGGAUGUUCUAAUGGAACUGCUUAAGUUUCAAUCGCCCACAUAUGAUGACAACUGGAAAAAUAUACAUUACAGUGGCACAAAAAAAUAAUGAUGGGAUUGAAAAGGUCCCAACAUGGGUUUACUGGUGUUCCCACUAGACUUCUUAACUAGCUUGACCAGCAAGACUUUCUUGGUCAACCAGCCUCACCAGAACGACUAUUCUGGUUGACCAGCAUUUUUUGUUAGUGAAAUGCAUGGCUAUAAUGGUCCACCAUCUACAUCAGCACCAAACUAGCACUAAAAAAUACAAACCAGCCUAAACCAACAUGGAAAUCCUGGUCUUUUCAGCAAAGGAUUACAAAAUAGUAUACUGAAAGGAAGCCGAGCUAAUCAAGAAUUUGAUUUCUUAGGAUUAAGAAAUCUUAGAAUGAUGUGGAGAAAAACUUAAGGGACAUCAGGAUAGUUAAAUAGCUAUUUCAGUGGACCUGAAAAGAAUUAGCACCUUAACUAUUGCACUUUUAAAGAUUUGAUAAAGGGACUAUUACUGAAUUCCUUGUUAUUUUAAUGUAUUGAAUGUUCUAAUCAUUUAUAUUCAACACAUAUUUUAUAACCCAGAAGUGUGAUUUUAUUUUCUUAUUGAUUUUUAUAUUUUCUGGUUUUGUUUGGUUCUAGCACAAACCACAGACAGC